UCUUCCGAUCUCCAACAACAAUAAAAAUGCAGGCAGCCUUAAGCUUAGCACCUUCAUCACCUCUCCCCAUAGUUACAACCACCAAAACCUCGUCUCCGCCGUGUAAACCCAUGCUCAAAUUUGAGACUCCUAGACGUUUCGUUAUCAAAGCAACGCCCGUCGGACAGGAUAACUCGACGGUUGAUUACAGCUCCAUGGCCUCUGUUUUUCCGGCCGAGGCAUGCGAGACCGUCGGAGGAGAAGCCUGCGUCGUCGAGAUGUUCCCUGAGGUUAAGCUGAAGAAAGAAGCUCAAAGUAACAAGGAAAAGACCGGUUCGGAGCAGUUUGACAGGGAAUACUUGGAGUACAACAGCCCCAAGACGGUUUUCAUAGGUGAGGCUUGUGAUGAUCUGGGAGGAGAGUUCUGUGAGCCCGAGUAUCAGAAGGGGGUUCAAUGACCACAUAACUUGAAAUCAAACUGUGAUUGUAAAUAAAUAAUGUAUGGAUCAUCUCCUUAUUUCAUGAGAUUCUAGUGUAACUUUCAUCGUUUGUUUUA